AUGCACUUCUUACCUUCUUUACUGGCUUCGAGCCUGUCGUUAAUUAUCUCGGGCGUCUCCGCUGCCCCUCAUGAGUCUCACUUGGGCAAGAGAUGUACCAACUCUGCAUCUGAUAGAUCUUGUUGGGGAGACUACGAUCUCUCUACCGAUUACUACAACACAGUUCCUGAUACUGGAGUCACUAGAGAGUACUACCUCGAACUUGUCAACACAACAGCUGCACCCGAUGGAGUCUCGCGAAAUGUCCUGCUUGUCAAUGGAACAUUUCCUGGCCCUACUCUCUUCGCCGACUGGGGAGACACUGUUGUCGUAAAAUUGUAUAACGGGCUAGAGAAUAAUGGUACGGGCUUGCAUUUCCAUGGAAUUCGUCAGAACUACACCAACCAGAUGGACGGUGUUCCAUCCAUCACUCAAUGCCCGACCGCUCCGGGAGAUUCAAUCACCUAUACAUGGAGAGCGACCCAAUACGGCCACACGUGGUACCAUUCUCAUUUCGCUCUCCAAGCUUGGGAGGGUGUCCUGGGCGGUAUCAUCAUCAACGGCCCUGCAACUGCCAAUUAUGACAACGAUAUGGGCGUUCUGUUUCUAAACGACUGGACACAUCAAACCGCAGAUGAGAUUUAUAUCACUGCCGAGACUUCGGGCCCACCAACUCUUGAUAAUGGUCUUCUGAACGGCACAAAUGUCUAUGAUGAUUCCGGAUCCCGUUUCAACAUGACUGUCACCGAGGGCGAGUCUCACCGAAUCCGACUUAUUAACGGUGCCAUCGACACUCACUUCAAGUUUAUGAUUGAUGAUCACAACCUCACUGUCAUUGCCAUGGAUCUUGUUCCCAUCGUUCCUUACACAACUUCCGUCCUCAGUAUCGGAAUGGGCCAAAGGUAUGAUGUUAUUCUCAACGCCACCGAGACAUCUGGAAACUAUUGGAUUCGCGCAAUUCCUCAGACCGAGUGCAGUGACAACGACAACGCCGACAACAUCAAGGGAAUAUUGAAGUAUGAUUCUACCGAUUCAACUGAGCCGACCACCUCCGCGUACUCCUACACGGACAGUUGCGACGACGAAGAUGUCUCUGAUCUCGUCCCAUAUUACGCAUUGGAUGCCAGCGACAACAGUACCGAGGAUGACUUUGCAGUUACUGUCGGAAAAUCCAACAGUCUCUUCAAAUGGUACAUGGCAGCUACUACAUUCGUUGUAGAAUGGGAUGACCCAACUCUCCUCCAAAUCUACAACGACGAUACAAAUUUCACCACCUCAUCGCACGUAAUCGAGCUUGAUACCGCCAAUGAAUGGGUCUACUUCGUCAUCGAGACUACUCAAGCAGUGCCUCACCCGAUCCAUCUUCAUGGUCACGAUUUCUUCAUUCUCGCGCAAGGAUCGGGAACAUUUGACAGCAGCUCCACAACUCUUUCCUUGACCAACCCACCUCGAAGAGAUGUCGCUAUGCUUCCUUCAUCUGGACACCUCGUCAUCGCCUUCCAAACCGAUAACCCAGGCGCCUGGUUGAUGCACUGCCACAUCGGAUGGCACACAUCUGAGGGUUUCGCUCUCCAGCUUGUUGAACGCUACUCCGAGAUCGCCGCUCUAAUCGAUUACGAUACCCUUAACAGCACUUGCGCUGCCUGGGAAACAUAUGCAACCGCUAAUGACAUCGUGUCAGACGACUCUGGAGUGUAAACGGAUUAUCCUCACAUUGCUCGCACUAUACCCACGCUGCAUCGUUAAUAUUUCUUUUGUUUGUUUGGUCUGGAGUUGCAUUGUUUGCGUAGGAUGAUCAGGGAUCUUUUGUUCGGGCAAGGUGAUGCAUUGGCAUGGAGUUUACAUUGUGAAAGGGUAGAUUUUCCUUAAUCUUGUUCUCUUAGAGUAUCAAAAG